CAAAAGAAUAUCAAAGCCAACUACCUUGAGUAAAAGCGAUCAUCGUCCCUUACCUACCAACCAUCUAUCGUAUCAAUCCUCAGAUUAACUUUGCACAAUGGCCCCCAAGACUCUUCAAUUCGCCAAGGACCAGCCGGAAGGCUUUGUGAAUCGCAUCGAGAAGGUUGCCAUUGUCGGUGCUGCCGGCACAAUGGGCAAGUUCGUAGCUCAGGAACUUCUCAAAGGCGGAAGACACACAGUUACCGCAAUUACCCGACAUGACAGCAAUUCCAAAUUGCCGGACGGUGUCAUUGCUGCAAAGAUCAACUACGACGACGAGAGCUCGAUCGUGAAGGCUCUAACGGGACAGCAAUACUUGAUCAUCACUAUGAAGUCCACCGUCGGCCAGGAGACUCAAAACAAACUCGUACAGGCUGCGGCAAAAGCUGGCGUCCCCUACGUGAUGCCGAAUGCGUGGGGUCCGGAUCCGAAGAAUGAUGAGAUGAUGAAAGACGCUCUUCUUGGCUCUUCGUUCCAAGGAGCAGUCAAGGAGAUUGAGCGCCUUGGGGUAAGCGAAUGGAUCAUCAUGUCUUGCGGAUUCUGGUACGAGUUCAGCGUGGCCGGCUCGCCUAAUCGGUACGGAUUCGACAUCAGAAACAAGUCACUGACCCUAUUUGACGAGGGCGAUGUCAAAAUCAACACUUCUACUUGGUCUCAGUGUGGCCGUGGGCUGGCCGCUUUCUUGAACCUCAAGUGGCUGCCUGAUGACAAGGAUGAUAAGUCUCCCAACAUCCAGAACUGGGCCAACGAUGUAUUCUACGUCUCUAGUUUCUUGGUGUCACAACGAGACAUGUUCGAAAGUAUGAAACGGGCCACAGGCACAGCGGACGAGGACUGGGACAUCAAGCGCGAGAGCUCGAAGAAGAGGUGGGAGGCUGGCUACGAGGCACUGAGAUCAGGCGAUAGAAAUGGGUUUUCGCGAAUGAUGUACUCGCGUAUCUUUUUCUCCCCGACUGACGGUGACGUCGAACACAAGCAUGGGUUGGCGAAUGUGGCAUUGAACCUUCCGGUUGAGAGUUUAGACGAAGCUACUGCAAAGGCGGUAAAUAUGUGCAUCUCUGGAGAGCUGGACUUUUACUAAGUAUAUUAUAUUGCUCUAGACCUGAGGCCGACUCAUAUCACGCAUUCAAGGCUCUGUUGCCCAUAGAUUAGUGCGAACUUGGUUUCAGGUAGCACUGUAUACGAUCAGAUAGCUACGAGAACGAAGGCCGAAUUAAAAAUGGUGAAACCGAUGAUUAUCUAUU